UUUCGCAACCAGUAUGACAAUGACGUCACGGUUUGGAGCCCUCAGGGCCGAAUUCAUCAAAUAGAAUAUGCCAUGGAAGCUGUGAAACAAGGCUCAGCUACUGUGGGACUGAAGUCAAAAACGCAUGCGGUUCUGGUUGCGCUGAAGAGAGCACAGUCUGAGCUGGCAGCUCAUCAGAAAAAAAUCCUGUACGUUGACAACCAUAUUGGUAUCUCAAUUGCUGGACUUACUGCUGAUGCGAGACUCUUGUGUAAUUUCAUGCGUCAGGAGUGUCUGGAUUCUAGAUUCGUGUUUGAUAGACCUCUACCAGUUUCCCGGCUAGUGUCACUAAUUGGAAGCAAAACCCAGAUACCAACGCAGCGUUAUGGCAGAAGACCAUAUGGCGUAGGACUGCUCAUUGCAGGCUAUGAUGAUAUGGGUCCUCACAUCUUCCAGACUUGUCCCUCUGCUAACUAUUUUGACUGCAAAGCAAUGUCCAUUGGUGCUCGUUCGCAGUCAGCACGAACUUACUUGGAGAGACACAUGACUGAAUUUACUGACUGUAAUCUAAAUGAGCUAGUUAAACAUGGACUGCGUGCCCUGAGGGAUGCUGAACAGGAUCUGACCACCAAGAAUGUUUCCAUCGGGAUUGUUGGCAAAGACAUGGAGUUUACCAUCUAUGACGAUGACGAUGUAGCACCAUUCCUGGAAGGUCUUGAGGAGAGACCACAGAGAAAGCCUGCUCCGCCUGCUGAUGAACCUGCAGAAAAGGCAGAGGAGCCGAUGGAGCACUAGCUGGUGGAUGAGUUCCUCUGUGUUACCAUACGUCUGAUUAGACGGGAACGUUUAUCCGUUUGCUGGUAACGUUAUCCUCGCCUGUAUACGUUUUCUGCCGAUACAUUCUAAGGUUUACUCUGAAAAAAGAAAGGAACCAACCCACCUAUCCUUAAAA